GUGGGUCAGCGGGUGCUGAUCGAAGCCCUUCGCCUCCCGUGAGCGGCACCUCUCCCCGGGCAGGUGUCUGUUAGAGCCGUGAUGCAACGCUAGAUCUUCUCCGAAAGGUGUUGAUAAGAUGGAGAUGGCUUGGAAAGCCCCAGCCUGCAGAAAAGAACUGGAGAGGUUAAAACUGAGUUCACUGAAUGUGAAAGUAGGCUGUAAGCAGAUGCAACUGCCUCUGAACGCAGCCGUGUCUGUUUGCUUUGGCUCGGAUGUACUUUAGCCUGGUUUAUAAUAUUGGUGCUGUUAAUAUUUAUGUCUGAGGAGAGGUGAACUUUAUCCUGAAAACUGGCAUGGAGCGCAGUGAAAUGUGCAGGUACACAAGGAGCUCCCAGCAGCUUCUGCGACAGCGGGUGCGGCGGAAUCAAAAUAGAAAACUGGAAUUCAGUAACACGAGAGCGCACGACGAAAGCUGAUGCUGCCGGGCUCCGGCUGCUCCUGGGUCUCAAAGCAAAGAGUGGAAGAUGUACGACUGAUUCGAGAUCAGCAUCCAACUAAAAUACCAGUGAUCAUUGAACGGUACAAGGGAGAGAAGCAGCUUCCAGUUUUGGAUAAGACCAAGUUCCUGGUGCCGGAUCAUGUCAACAUGAGUGAGCUAAUCAAAAUUAUCAGGCGACGCCUGCAGCUGAACUCCAACCAGGCCUUCUUCCUCCUGGUGAACGGCCACAGCAUGGUGAGCGUCUCCACCCCCAUCUCCGAGGUGUACGAGAGCGAGAAGGACGAGGACGGGUUCCUGUACAUGGUGUACGCCUCUCAGGAGACUUUCGGAGUGCAAUCUUCCGUCUAGGACACGCAGGUGGCUUCUAGCCUAGGAUUUGGGUUGACCCUUGGCCAUCACCCCCACUCUUCCCCACACACACCCCAGGGAAAGACACGGAUGUCACCUCUGCUCUCGGUCCCCUAGCGUAGUCUCGCUUUAGCAGGUGUCUCAUCUUACCUUGCCUUGUUUGUGACUAUUAAACAGUACAGACGAGCACCUCCAGCUUUGAAACCUGCUGUAAUAUUCCACACAGGCACAUUUACAUUUCUGGACUUGACGAACGGAACCCGAUUGUGCAUGUGACAAUUGCAAAUAAAGGGACAUUUGAUUGACUUCAAAAAGCAAACAGGCACCAGGGAGGAGCUCAAGUGUUUCAUGUGGAAAACCUCUCCAUGAUUCCUUAAUUUUUUUUUUUAAAUGGGAAGGCUUUUCACGAGAGCAAAUAUGGUUUAACGUUCCAAAGCGGAGCUUUGUCUCGGGCAGCUCGAUGAGACGCGUGUCAGCGCUGCAGGGAGUUAAGGUGAGGGCUUGGGGUGAGCUGGGGGAGUCCAACUCUUCUUGUCUCUUAUAUUUUUUUCACAGCACCAUAAACUUAGAAAUGGUGCCAGUUUCUGAAAUACUCUUUACCAAACACCACAGCUUUAUUGUAGUUUUUAGGAAGUGUUUAACUGUAAAAUACGCACCCGGAUAGGUAACGUUGAAAUAAACUCCCGUCUGUGCUGAAUUCCCAAGGCCUGUGUGUUCAGUGAGACACUGGUGUUCGAUGGGCUGCUUUCCAAAAGCUCAUCCCCCCCAGCCCGAGGGUUUGCGGUUCCCCAAGGUGUCAAGGGACAGGGGCUGGCGGGUCCAUGGCGGUGCCACCGCGGCACCAGCAGCGCCCGCAUCGCCCCCUCCGCACGGCGCAUCGCACCGGGACACGGGGACACGCCACUGGAACCCCCAGUCGCUUUUACCACCGCGGGGGGAUCGGGGAGAACCGCUUUUAGAAGCAGCUCGCGCCCAGGAGUUGAGAGUUAACAAACAAAUUAUUAUUUUGCUUUUUUUGUCCAUCACUGAAUCUCCUGCCGCCUGCCUGGGGUUUGGAGCAGCGGUGGCAGCACCGUCCCGAGCGGGGACGCAGGACGGCAGCGCGUAGGACCUGUGGUUUAUUCCCUCUCUAGAGUCGUUGUCACGUGGAGCGUAGCGGGAUGAGAUUUCUCUUGUAUAUUAUGUGUCUGUGAACUAACCCCACCUGUUACUGGAAGCUAACUCACUAGAACGGGGGAAAAAGAAGCAAUACUGCUGUGUCUUGGCACUCUCAGCUCAGCAAGGUGUACAGUUUGUACCGACGACACCUCUUUGCAUGCAUCUCGGUCACAGCGCUUCUGAUUUUUUAUUGUUCUUUGUGUUUUUACUCCAACGUAAACUUUUAAAUGCAGCUUGUUCUACGUUUAGUUUUGUCCGUGUAAGAAAUUGUUUAACUCAUAACUGACAACCAUACUUGUAAUUACGACGUGAUCGACUGAUAUUCCUGUACAAAUGUUGCUUUUUUUAAAAAUUAAUACAGUGCUGAUAUGGAUGGAUUACAUCCCUACUUA